UUCCUCAAAACCACUUCAUCAUUGAACCCUUAAAAUUUUCACUUGCAAAGCAGUACGUCAACUACUUUCUUCUUCAUCUACCUUCAUUUCUUCAAUGACCCAUUAAUUCCUUUCCUUUUCUUUUCCAUUUUUUUCUCCUUUGUUUUCUCAGCAACCCAACCCAAGUCCAAGGUCAAAGGUCAAACCCUUUUUGUGUCAGGGUUUUAUUUUCUGGUUUUUUUAUCCAAAGAGGUUUCCUUUGCUGCAUAAAGGGUCUGCUUAGAUGAAAAUGUUUAGCUUUUCUCGUAGGCGCAUGAAGCUUGGCAGAGUGAAGAAAGUACAGCUUUCUGAUUCUGCCCAUGGAAUUAAAAGUCCUAUAAGACCGCCCAAACGAAGCAACAAUACCAAUGGAGAGUCUGCUAUGCCUGCGGGUGGUCAUUCUGAUGCAUUUGACUCCCACUGUCCUUCGACUGCCCCUGAGAUCAAUUCAUCGGGGAACUCUGAGAAUUGGAUGGUGUUGUCAGUUGCUGGGGAAAGGCCUGUGCCACGCUUUAAUCAUGCAGCGGCUGUAAUUGGGAACAAGAUGAUAGUGGUUGGCGGUGAAUCCGGGAAUGGAUUGUUAGAUGAUGUGCAGGUUCUUAAUUUUGAUAAUUUUUCUUGGUCCAUGGCAUCAUCAAAGCUUUACUUGUCACCAAGCAGUCUUCCAUUAAAGAUCCCUGCAUGCAAGGGCCAUAGUCUGGUUUCAUGGGGGAAAAAGGCCCUCCUGGUUGGUGGAAGAACUGACCCUGGAAAUGACAGAGUUUCAGUAUGGGCAUUUGAUACAGAGACAGAAUGUUGGUCAGUUAUGGAAGCAAAAGGAGAAAUACCGGUUGCUCGAAGUGGUCACAGUGUGGUCAGGGCAAGCUCCGUUUUAAUCCUUUUUGGGGGUGAAGAUGCUAAAAAGAAGAAACUGAAUGACCUACAUAUGUUUGAUCUGAAGUCCUUGACAUGGCUCACUCUUCAGUGCACGGGAACAAGACCAUCUCCAAGAGCCAAUCAUGUGGCAACUCUUUAUGAUGAUAAAACUCUUUUCAUUUUUGGUGGAGUGUCAAAGUCCAGGGCAUUGAAUGACUUGUACUCCCUUGACUUUGAAACGAUGAUAUGGACAAGAAUAAAGGUACGGGGUUUUCAUCCAUCGCCAAGAGCUGGUUGCUGUGGAGUUCUAUGUGGAACUAAAUGGUACAUAGCAGGGGGUGGAAGUAGGAAAAAAAGACAUGCAGAGACUUCCGUCUAUGAUAUUUUAAAGUCUGAGUGGUCUCUGGCCAUUGCAUCACCUCCAUCUUCGAUCACCACUAACAAGGGAUUUAGCCUAGUACUUGUGCAGCACAAGGACAAGGAUUUUCUUGUUGCAUUUGGCGGGUGCAAAAGAGAGCCUUCGAAUCAGGUUGAAGUACUGAUCAUUGAAAAGAAUGAAUCAUCCAUAGGCCGACGAUCUACUCCUGGUAAACCUGCGGGACUAAUGCAGUUCGGAAAACGUUCAUCAUCUGCAGGGUCAGCUAGCCAACUAAUUAAUGGCUCUUCCCAACGUCCAGUUGAUUCUGCUAGACAAAAUCUAGCCUCUGUAAUUGAACAUGGUUCUGGUAGGAGAUCGUUGUCAGAGUUGUCAUUUGUGGAUCAAAAUCCUCUUUCUGGAAACGUCUCACUAAGGAAGCAAUUUCAUAAUGAGGAAGAAUACAACACAACUGUUAAAAUAACAAAGUGCUCAGAGGACGAGAGUUCUAUUGUGCAGGUGACAGAGCCAAAGCCAAAUCAAUUUGAUACAAGUAUUCAGAUUAUUACUGCUGGGACCAAAAUCAGUUCAGAUGAAUCAUUCCUAUUUGAGCCUGAAGGUUCAACUCCCCAGAUUGAAGGGAUCGCAAACGUUCCCAUUGAUAAUGAUAAUUUUGUAUUUCCAGAAGCUGAUGGUAAAUCAGCAGCCCUAUCAGCUCCUUCAAGCAUAUAUCAAUUUUAUGAGACAAGAAUGGCUGCCCUAAGUAGAAAAAACGGAAUUUUAGAAGUACAGUUGGGAGCUGCAUUGGCAAGCCGAGACACUGCAGAGAGAAAUUUGGCUUCUGCUCUCAAGAGCAAAGAGGAGAUGGAGAAAAGAUUUAUAGACACAAUGAAGGAGAUGGAGUUGCUAAAAGAGAAACUAGCCGGCAUAGAACUUGCACAAGAAGAGGCCAACAGCUUGUCGAACAUAGUUCACUCAGACAAUGUAAGACUUGAACAUGAUGUGGCUUUCCUCAAGGCUGUUCUAGACGAUACUCAAAAGGAGCUGCACUCAACCAGAGGAGUCCUUGCAGGGGAGAGGGCCAGAGCCUUCCAACUACAGGUUGAAGUUUUUCAUCUCAAACAAAGAUUGCAGUCAUUGGAGAACCGAGCGCCGACUCCUAGGAAACCAUUCAAUGUAUAGUGUCAGACGGAAUCUGACUAAUUAAGGUCACCCAUAUUAUGUACGUACCAUGCACAAUGCAUGGUAGGAGGAACAGUUUGGAUAAACAACCGUUCAACCUGCCUGGCAUGUAGCUUGUCACUGAACUAAACGUGGGUGCUCAUGUUCUUUUGGUAGUUUAACUUUGUGCAUAUGUAUAUCAACCACCAUGUCACAUGUUUCCUCGGAUGUUACCUCUUGCUUCUAGUUUGAAGAAUACCCUGGCUAGUGUUCUAGGUAUCUGACAACUCUCCGCCCAUCAACGGGCUUCUGGGAGGAACUCGGAGUAAGGUCCGGUUUAGAAUCAAAUGAUGGGCAGUUGCUGCUUAAGAGUUUUAGCCGUCUCUGUCUCUCAAACAAUGGAACUUGUAUUGUAUAUUUACGCCACGAUCUGUUAUGUA